AUGGCUUCGUCUUCUUCGGCAGGCAGACAAGCGACUAGGAUACCUGGGCCAGUGGAAACUUCGAUCCAGCAGAAGAUAAUAGAAGCUUUCCAACCUAUCUUGUUGAGGGUAUAUAACGACUCGUCAAAACAUUCGCAUCAUGCCGCCAUGCGAGCUCAGGGAGGUGGAAGUGGUGAAACUCACUUCGCUAUUCACCUUGUAUCACCUUCGUUCAAAGGCAAAACAUCGAUAGCCCGACAUCGAAUGGUGAAUGCUCUACUGAAGGAUGAAUUCGACAAUAAGGGAUUACAUGCUUUGAGUCUGAGGUUGAAGACUCCCGAGGAAUGGGAGAAGGAAGGUGGUGGUGAGAUGCGGUCGGAGUAA